AUGUCAAAACCAGUAAAAGAAGAGAAUAAAGGUGUUUUGAAAUAUGAUCAUACCGGUGCAACAUUCCCAUUCGUUGCUUUGAUCACCGCAAAGUUGGUACCAGGUUACAAGGUGAUCGUUCGUAAGGGUCUCGAGAAGCCAGAGUUGACUAUCGUACCAUCGAGCGAUGUCUUGACCGGUUCAUACUUGUGCGCUAAAUUCAUUGCUAGAUCAUCGACCAACCAACAAUUGUACGGUGGUUCCGAUGCUUUGUCUGCAUCAAGAGUCGACGAGUGGCUCGAGAAGAUCGCACAUCUCAAGACCGAAGAGGUCACCGCUUUCGCCAACCAAGUCAACGAUCAUUUCAUCUUCCGUACAUUCUUAGUUGGUUUCAACAUUACAAUUGCUGAUAUUGCAUUGUUUGCUCGUAUUCAAUUGGUUAAAGAGUUAAAGGAUGAUAUUGUUAAUCGUGCAAAGAACUUACCACAUCUUACAAGAUGGUUGAACUACUUGAAUGGUUUGGCUGCUUUCAAGGAGACUGUCGAUAUCUACACUGGUGAGGACAAGAAGAAGAAGGAGGUAAAGAAGGAGGGCGAAGAUGACAAGGCACCAAAGAAGGGUCUCAUGGGUUGGAUGGGUAACAUGGAUCGUUUGGCUCUACCAGGUUUGGAGGAAGGUAAGGUAGUUACUCGUUUCCCACCCGAACCAUCUGGAUAUUUGCAUAUCGGUCAUUGCAAGGCUGCCGUCUUGAAUAACUACUAUGCCAGCGAGUACAAGGGUGAGUUGGUAUUGCGUUUCGACGACACCAAUCCAGCCAAAGAGAAGGACGAAUACGUCGAGAACAUCCUCAAGGAUUUGAAGACUCUCGGUAUCAACUACGUGCGUCAAACCAACACCUCUGACUACUUUGAUCUCAUCGAGGAGAAGGCUAUCCAGCUGAUUAAGGAGGGUAACGGUUACGUCGAUAACACCGCAGUCGACGUCAUUCGUGAUCAACGUGAAAAGAUGAUCGAGUCAGAGUGUCGUAACAACUCGAUCGAGAAGAAUCUCGAGUGGUUCGACGAGAUGCGUAAGGGUACCGCAUUCGGACAGACCUGUGUAUUGCGUGCCAAGAUCGACAUGGCUUCGGUCGAUCGUGCAUUCCGUGAUCCAGCUAUGUACCGUGUCAGCAUGACUCCACAUCACAAGACCGGUGACAAAUACAGAGCCUAUCCACUCUACGACUUUGCUUGUCCAAUCGUCGAUUCUAUCGAGGGUAUCACUCACGCAUUGAGAUCGAACGAGUACCAAAACAAAGUGAAUCUCUACUACUAUGUCUGCGAUAUUCUCAAGCUCCGUCGUCCAUACGUUUCACAAUACAGUCGUUUGAACUUCACCUACGUUUUGCUCUCCAAGAGAAAGCUCCAACACUUUGCCGACACUGGUAUUGUCAGCGGUUGGAACGAUCCAAGAAUGCCAACUCUCCAAGGUAUCAUGAGACGUGGUCUCACUGUCGAUGCUCUCAAGGAGUUCACUCUCUCACAAGGUGCCAGCUCGGUCAACACCACCAUGGACAUUGGAAAACUCUGGGCCAUCAACAAGAUGUUCAUUGAGCCAUUCGUUCCACGUUACACUUGCAUUCCAAAGAAGAAUGUCUUGGUUCGUCUCUCCAACCGUGAGGAUACCGUCCAAAAGUUGGUCAAACCAAAGUUUGACAAGAAGUUGGAUCUCGGAGACAAGACUGUCACCGUCUCCAACAAUAUCUUUAUCGAGUACGACGAUGCCGCCGACUGGAAGGAGGGUGAAGAGAUCACUUUGAUGUCGUGGGGUAUGAACGUCAUCUGCCGUAAGAUCAACAAGAACGCCGACGGUGUUGUCGAAUCGAUCGACGCCGAGUGCAACCCAACCGGUUCCUUCAAGGACACCAAGAAGAAGUUGACCUGGUUGUCAAAGGAUGCCAAGCAAGUCCCAGUCACUUUGCAAGACUAUGACUUCUUGAUCACCAAGGCCAAGCUCGAGGAGGAAGACAAACUCGACGACUAUAUCAAUCCAGUCACCAAGUUUGAGUUGGAUGCCUUCUCCGAUGAGAACAUCCUUUCACUCAAGGUCGGUGACAAGGUUCAAUUCGAGCGUAGAGGUCUCUACAUUUGUGACAAGAUCGGUGAUGAGAACACUCCAUUCGUCAUGAUCUACAUUCCAGAUGGUUCAACUAAAUUCAAGGCCGGUGAAGCCCUCCACCCAUUCGUCCAACGUGAAAAGAAGGAAGACCCAAAGGCAAAGCCAGCCGCCAAAAAGUCAGCCGCCAAAUAA